AUGAUUGGAAUUCUGCCCUCAACAGAACAUACAGAACUAUCUGAUAACCAAACAAGUGGCGCGAUUGCAUUAUGGACACAAUCCGAAGCCAUGUCUUCCUCGCAACCUUUUGUGCCAUCCUCCCCCCUCCAGACCACACCCUCGCGCCGCAAAAAGAGUCAGUUCACAUACAGACAGCUGGCCCAACUAGCUACCUUUGCCACAUCAUGUCCGCUGAGAGUAAUCGCUCAUUUGGACCUAGAUGCCUUUUAUGCUCAGGUCGAAAUGGUGCGAUUAGGGACCGCGGAGGACAAGCCGUUAGCGGUGCAACAAUGGCAAGGUCUCAUAGCUAUCAAUUAUCCAGCCAGGGCAUUCGGUCUCAAUCGUCACAUAACUAUCACGGAAGCCAAGAAGCUCUGUCCAGAUAUCAUCUGUCAACAUGUUGCGACCUGGCGCGAAGGUGAUGAGAAGUGGGCCUACCAUGACGAUGCAUUUCAGAAUAUUGCUACACAUAAAGUAUCCCUUGAUCCUUACAGACUCGAAUCAAGACGAAUACUCGCUUGUAUAAAAGACUGUCUGCCCAAAGACAUGCAGAGGGUGGAGAAAGCUAGUGUAGAUGAAGUCUUCAUGGAUCUCUCUGCCCAAGUUCAUGCGACUCUUUUAGGGAGAUAUCCGGAGCUGAAGGGCCCCGCUCCUUAUGAUGAUUUGACGGAACAACUACCUUUACCUCCCACGACUUGCCUCGACUGGAAGGCGGACGCACUGGUGGACCUAGAUACGGAUAAAACAGAAACUGAUGACCUUGAUUGGGAUGAUAUAGCAAUGUUGAUUGGUUCUGAGAUCGUACGCGCAGUUCGGGCCGCAAUACGUAAUAAACUCAAAUAUACAUGUUCUGCUGGCAUUGCCCAAAGCAAAAUGCUUUCCAAACUGGGUUCCGCACACAAGAAACCAAGUCAACAAACCAUUAUUCGAAAUCGGGCUGUUCAGCAUUUUCUAUCAGGCUUCAAGUUUACUAAGAUUAGGAAUUUGGGCGGCAAGACAGGCGAGGAAGUCGUCAAGCUCUUCAAUACAGAUAUGGUCAAUGAUCUUUUGCUUAUCCCCAUGGAGCAAUUGAAGCGAAGGCUAGGAGAAGAAACCGGGACAUGGGUCUAUAAUGUUAUUCGUGGAAGUGAUGUCAGUGAAGUUAACUCACGAACUCAGAUAAAGUCUAUGCUAUCUGCAAAAUCAUUUCGACCUAGUAUCAACACACCCGAGCAGGCCAAUAGGUGGCUCCGUAUUUUUGCAGCGGAUAUACAUUCCCGUCUAGUAGAAGAGGGGGUUCUAGAGAACAAAAGGAGACCUAGGACGAUCAAUCUGCAGCACAGGCAUGGGGCCCAAACCAGGUCCCGACAAGCACCCAUUCCACAAGGGAAGAAAAUGGAUGAGACGCUACUUUUUGAGCUUGCCAAGACACUCCUAAAUCAAAUCAUACUUGAUGGCAGAGUCUGGCCUUGUUCUAAUUUAAGUUUAAGCAUUGGGGGUUUCGAAGAUGGGGUGACUGGCAAUAUGGGUAUUGGAGCGUUUUUGGUAAAAGUUGAUGGAGCUAGGACUCCAACUAACGCACCUCCGCGAGAUCAGAGCCCGAUUAUAUCUGCGGAGAGAUCCGAAAAGAGACGUCGUGUAGGCGAUGCGGGAAUACAGAAAUUCUUCGUUAAGACAGAUAGUGUUGGCGAGCACGAUGAUGACUUUGGCGGUGAGCAGAGUUCACCCGAACUAGAUAUGGUCUUGAAGGAAAAGGAGCAUUUGUCUCCCAAUGAAGAUUUCAAGGCUGCACGUUCGGCCCAAGAGCAUGAGGCGAUCAGAACGUCACAAACGCCAGUUGGUCCCUUGGCCCCAAAACAACCACAAAUCAAAGACUUCUUAUGCGACCGGUGCAAUCAAGCAUUGGAUUGCGCGGAGGCAUUUCAGAAUCAUCAAGAUUGGCACUUUGCCAAAGAUCUCCAGAACGAGGAUCGUUUGAGGCGUGCCUCGCCAGCUCCUGCCCACGCUUCUGCUUCCUCCGGCAAUAAAAGGGGUGUCGCAUCAAAGAAACGAGGUAAUGGCCGUGGUGGUCGACCAGAGAAAGGUCAAAAUAGAUUCAGCCGAGACUUCACCACUGGUGCUGACGAGCCGAGCCCUGUGGUCCCGAAAGGCGGCCAAUAUGCACGCACCAUACUCCGAGAUACAAUGCAACGUGAUACCUGGAAGUACAAAUACGAUCUUUGCGGUAUGAGUUCCAUUGGACGACUUGCAGAAUCAUUUUUUUGUGCUGUCGAAGGUACGAGUAAUGCAAUAACGAUCAUCACUGCAAUGGCAUCUCUUCUAGAGGUUCAGCUGGAGCCGGCCACCUGGCCAUGA